AUGAAUCCCGCAGAAGGGGCAGCGGAGGAAGGCGCUGUCCCCGAUUCCGAGGUGGAUGCUUUUUUCCGAACAGGGUCUUUUCGAAAUGAUGGAUUAAAAGCUGCUGAUGUCCUUCCAAUACUAAAGGAGAAAGUGGCCUUUGUGUCAGGUGGCCGUGAUAAACGAGGUGGUCCCAUCCUGACCUUUCCAGCACGCAGCAAUCACGAUAGAAUAAGGCAGGAAGACCUUCGGAAACUUGUGACUUAUUUGGCCAGUGUGCCAAGUGAAGAUGUCUGUAAACGAGGAUUCACUGUUAUUAUCGAUAUGCGGGGAUCGAAGUGGGACUUGAUAAAGCCUCUUCUGAAGACCCUUCAGGAAGCAUUCCCUGCUGAGAUCCACGUUGCCCUGAUUAUUAAACCUGACAACUUCUGGCAGAAGCAGAAAACUAAUUUUGGCAGUUCCAAAUUCAUCUUUGAGACAAGUAUGGUCUCUGUUGAAGGCCUAGCGAAACUUGUUGAUCCUUCCCAGCUGACUGAUGAAUUUGAAGGAUCCUUGGAUUACAACCACGAUGAAUGGAUAGAGCUGCGGGUCUCCUUGGAAGAGUUUUUCAACAGUGCCAUCCAUUUAUUAUCAAGGCUAGAGGAUCUCCAGGAAAUGUUGGCUAGGAAAGAAUUUCCGGUUGAUGUAGAAGGGUCAAGACGGCUGAUUGAUGAGCACACACAGCUUAAAAAGAAAGUGAUCAAAGCUCCUGUGGAGGAACUUGACCGUGAGGGCCAAAGGUUAUUACAAUGCAUAAGAUGCAGCGAUGGUUUUUCUGGUAGGAACUGCAUUCCUGGGAGUGCAGACUUCCAAAGUCUUGUGCCAAAGAUCACCAGUCUGUUGGACAAGCUGCAUUCAACCCGGCAACACUUGCAUCAGAUGUGGCAUGUUCGCAAACUGAAACUAGACCAGUGCUUUCAACUCCGACUCUUUGAGCAAGAUGCUGAGAAGAUGUUUGACUGGAUCAGCCACAACAAAGAAUUGUUCCUGCAGAGUCAUACAGAGAUUGGAGUGAGCUACCAACAUGCCCUUGACUUGCAGACACAGCAUAAUCACUUUGCAAUGAAUUCCAUGAAUGCCUACGUCAACAUCAAUCGGAUCAUGUCGGUUGCAUCCAGGCUUUCAGAGGCAGGCCAUUAUGCUUCCCAGCAAAUUAAACAAAUCUCUACCCAGCUGGAUCAAGAAUGGAAGAGCUUUGCUGCAGCUCUGGAUGAGCGCAGUACCAUCCUAGCCAUGUCUGCUGUAUUUCACCAGAAGGCUGAGCAGUUCCUUUCAGGUGUGGAUGCCUGGUGUAAAAUGUGUAGUGAAGGAGGCCUCCCAUCGGAAAUGCAAGACCUGGAGCUGGCCAUCCAUCAUCAUCAGUCUCUGUAUGAACAGGUGACCCAGGCCUACACAGAGGUAAGCCAGGAUGGGAAGGCUUUGUUGGAUGUCCUGCAGCGUCCCUUGAGCCCUGGAAACUCUGAAUCCCUUACUGCUACUGCUAAUUAUUCCAAGGCUGUCCACCAGGUCUUGGAUGUGGUACAUGAAGUCUUGCAUCACCAGCGGCGCCUAGAGAGCAUCUGGCAGCACAGAAAAGUCCGAUUACAUCAAAGGCUGCAGCUCUGUGUUUUCCAGCAGGAUGUUCAGCAGGUAUUGGACUGGAUCGAAAACCAUGGGGAAGCCUUUCUUAGUAAACACACUGGAGUGGGAAAAUCUCUGCACAGGGCACGAGCCCUUCAGAAAAGACAUGAUGAUUUUGAAGAAGUAGCACAGAAUACAUACACGAAUGCAGACAAGCUUUUAGAGGCUGCAGAGCAGUUGGCUCAGACUGGGGAAUGUGACCCUGAAGAGAUCUACAAAGCAGCCCGGCAUCUGGAAGUGCGGAUUCAGGACUUUGUCCGGAGAGUGGAACAGAGGAAACUUCUCUUGGACAUGUCUGUCUCCUUCCACACUCACACCAAAGAGCUGUGGACAUGGAUGGAAGAUCUGCAGAAGGAGCUCUUAGAGGAUGUCUGUGCUGACUCGGUGGAUGCGGUUCAGGAGCUUAUCAAGCAGUUCCAGCAGCAGCAAACAGCUACCCUGGAUGCUACCCUCAAUGUCAUUAAAGAAGGCGAAGAUCUAAUCCAACAGCUCAGGGACUCAGCGGUAUCCAACAAUAAGACUCCACACAAUAGCUCCAUCAGCCACAUUGAAUCUGUCCUUCAGCAGCUUGACGAGGCCCAGGUACAGAUGGAAGAGCUCUUCCAUGAGCGGAAAAUUAAGCUAGACAUUUUCCUUCAGCUCCGGAUUUUUGAACAGUACACCAUUGAGGUAACAGCAGAGUUAGAUGCCUGGAAUGAAGAUUUGCUGAGACAAAUGAAUGAUUUCAAUACCGAGGACCUCACUCUGGCUGAGCAGCGCUUGCAGCGCCACACCGAACGAAAACUGGCCAUGAACAACAUGACCUUUGAGGUUAUCCAGCAAGGGCAAGAUUUACACCAGUACAUCAUGGAAGUCCAGGCUUCAGGCAUUGAACUAAUCUGCGAAAAGGACAUUGAUCUUGCGACACAAGUGCAAGAGCUGCUGGAGUUCCUUCAUGAGAAACAGCAUGAGCUAGAGCUUAACGCCGAUCAGACUCACAAACGGCUAGAGCAGUGCCUACAGCUCCGGCACCUACAGGCUGAGGUCAAGCAGGUGCUCGGCUGGAUUCGAAAUGGGGAAUCAAUGCUCAAUGCCAGCCUAGUCAACGCAAGCUCCCUUUCAGAAGCUGAGCAGCUCCAGCGAGAACAUGAGCAAUUUCAACUGGCCAUCGAGUCCCUCUUUCAUGCCACUUCCUUACAGAAGACACACCAGAGUGCUCUGCAGGUACAGCAGAAGGCUGAAGUAUUGCUACAGGCUGGGCACUACGAUGCUGAUGCCAUCCGUGAGUGUGCUGAAAAGGUGGCAUUACAUUGGCAACAGCUGAUGUUGAAGAUGGAGGACAGGCUCAAGUUGGUCAAUGCGUCAGUUGCUUUCUAUAAAACCUCUGAGCAGGUGUGCAGUGUGCUGGAGAGUCUGGAACAGGAGUACAGAAGGGAUGAAGAUUGGUGCGGAGGUCGGGAUAAGCUUGGACCAGCAGCUGAGAUAGACCAUGUCAUCCCCCUUAUCAGCAAGCAUCUGGAACAGAAGGAGGCUUUUCUCAAGGCUUGCACAUUAGCACGAAGGAACGCUGAAGUAUUCCUCAAGUACAUUCACAGGAACAACGUCAGCAUGCCUGGAGUAGCAAGCCAUACCAGGGGGCCUGAGCAGCAAGUGAAAGCCAUUCUGAGCGAACUGCUGCAGAGAGAGAACCGGGUUCUUCACUUCUGGACUUUGAAGAAACGGAGAUUAGAUCAGUGCCAACAGUACGUGGUCUUUGAGCGCAGUGCCAAACAGGCCUUAGACUGGAUCCAAGAAACAGGCGAAUAUUACCUCUCUACUCACAAUUCCACAGGGGAAUCCGCAGAAGAAACUCAGGAACUCCUGAAAGAAUAUGGGGAAUUCAGAGUACCCGCCAAGCAAACCAAGGAGAAAGUGAAGCUUCUCAUACAGCUGGCUGACAGCUUUAUAGAAAAAGGACAUAUACAUGCUGCUGAAAUUAGGAAAUGGGUCACCACUGUUGACAAACGCUAUCGGGACUUCUCUCUGAGGAUGGGGAAAUACCGCUACUCACUGGAAAAAGCCCUUGGAAUCAAUACAGAGGAUAACAAGGACCUGGAACUGGACAUCAUUCCAGCGAGUCUUUCAGACCGGGAGGUGAAGCUGCGAGAUGCAAAUCACGAGGUUAAUGAAGAAAAAAGGAAAUCAGCCAGAAAGAAAGAAUUCAUUAUGGCUGAACUGCUUCAGACUGAAAAAGCUUAUGUCAGAGACUUACAUGAAUGCUUAGAGACCUACCUUUGGGAAAUGACAAGUGGAGUGGAGGAGAUACCACCUGGGAUUCUUAAUAAAGAACAUAUCAUCUUUGGCAACAUUCAGGAGAUUUAUGACUUCCAUAACAACAUUUUCCUGAAAGAACUAGAGAAAUAUGAACAACUGCCUGAAGACGUGGGUCACUGCUUUGUCACCUGGGCAGAUAAAUUUCAGAUCUAUGUCACCUACUGCAAAAACAAGCCUGAUUCCAGCCAGCUCAUCCUGGAACAUGCAGGGACUUUCUUUGAUGAAAUUCAACAAAGGCACGGCCUGGCCAACUCUAUCUCCUCCUAUUUAAUCAAGCCUGUCCAGAGGAUCACCAAAUACCAGCUUUUACUGAAGGAACUCUUAACCUGUUGUGAAGAAGGCAAAGGAGAACUCAAAGAUGGCCUGGAAGUGAUGCUCAGUGUCCCCAAGAAAGCCAACGACGCCAUGCACGUCAGCAUGCUGGAAGGCUUUGAUGAAAACCUGGAUGUUCAGGGAGAGCUCAUCCUUCAGGAUUCCUUUCAAGUGUGGGAUCCCAAGUCUCUCAUUCGGAAAGGCCGCGAGAGACACUUGUUUCUCUUUGAAAUCUCUUUGGUUUUUAGCAAAGAGAUCAAAGAUUCUUCAGGACACACUAAAUAUGUUUACAAGAACAAACUACUGACCUCAGAACUGGGAGUGACAGAGCACGUCGAAGGAGAUCCCUGUAAGUUUGCCUUGUGGUCCGGACGGACACCAUCCUCAGACAACAAAACAGUGCUGAAAGCAUCCAGUAUUGAAACAAAACAGGAAUGGAUCAAAAAUAUCCGGGAAGUCAUUCAGGAGAGGAUUAUCCAUUUGAAAGGAGCUUUGAAGGAGCCAAUCCAGCUCCCCAAGACACCAGCAAAGCAGAGAAAUAACAGUAAAAGAGAUGGAGUAGAUGAUGCAGACAGCCAAGGAGAUGGGAGCAGUCAGCCGGAUACCAUUUCCAUUGCAUCCAGGACCUCACAGAACACAGUGGACAGUGACAAGAGGACACAAAAACUUUUGGACCCUCAGAAACUUUUAGAAGCAGUAUGCCACCGUGUUAAGUUGUCUGGAGGGUGUGAACUAACCGUGGUGCUACAAGACUUCACAGCCGGCCACAGCAGCGAGCUGAGCAUCCAGGUGGGACAGACAGUGGAGUUACUGGAGAGGCCCAGCGAAAGGCCUGGCUGGUGUUUGGUACGGACAACUGAGCGGAGCCCCCCUCAGGAAGGCCUAGUCCCCAGCAGCACUCUCUGCAUCUCUCAUUCCCGGAGUAGUGUGGAGAUGGAUUGCUUCUUCCCUUCAGGAAAAGAGUCCGUAAUUGCAGAUGCAUAUUCAGUCUCAUCCAAUGAAAAUGGAGGCAAGUCAGAAUCAGUGGCCAACUUGCAGCCUCAGUCAUCCCUUAACUCAAUCCAGAGCUCUCCUGGCCCAAAGCGUUCAACCAACACACUGAAAAAAUGGCUGACAAGUCCUGUGCGUCGGCUGAACAGUGGGAAGACUGAGAGUAACAUAAAAAAACAAAAGAAAGUGCGAGAUGGCAGGAAGAGCUUUGACCUUGGUUCACCGAAGCCUGGAGAUGAGACCACUCCUCAAGGGGACAGUGCAGAUGAGAAGAGUAAGAAGGGUUGGGGAGAAGAUGAGCCAGAUGAAGAAUCCCACACACCACUUCCUCCUCCUAUGAAGAUUUUUGACAAUGACCCUACGCAGGAUGAGAUGUCCUCCUCUUUGCUAGCUGCUCGUCAGAGCUCCUCUGAUGUCCCAACUGCUGCGGAUCUUGUCAGUGCAAUAGAAAAGUUGGUCAAAAGUAAGCUGACCCUAGAAGGAGGAACUUAUCGAGGAAGCUUAAAAGAUGGCACUGGGUGUUUAAAUGAAGGGAUGACGCCUUCAACUCCCCCAAGAAACCUUGAAGAGGAACAAAAAGCCAAAGCAAUGAGAGGCAGGAUGUUUGUCUUAAAUGAGCUGGUGCAGACUGAGAAGGACUACGUCAAAGACUUGGGAAUUGUGGUAGAGGGCUUCAUGAAGAGAAUAGAAGAAAAAGGGGUUACUGAAGAUAUGAAAGGGAAAGACAAGAUUGUAUUUGGCAAUAUCCACCAGAUUUAUGACUGGCACAAGGAUUUUUUCCUGGCUGAACUGGAAAAAUGUCUCCAGGAACAUGACCGUUUAGCACAGCUUUUUAUAAAACAUGAGAGGAGAUUGCACAUGUAUGUGGUGUACUGUCAAAAUAAACCACGAUCAGAAUACGUAGUAGCUGAAUAUGAUGCAUACUUUGAGGAGGUACAGCAAGAAAUAAACCAACGGUUAACCCUCAGUGACUUUUUAAUCAAACCUAUUCAAAGAAUAACCAAGUACCAGCUUCUACUCAAGGACUUCCUGAGAUACAGUGAGAAAGCUGGGCUGGAAUGCUCUGAUAUAGAGAAAGCAGUUGAAUUAAUGUGCCUUGUACCAAAACGUUGCAAUGAUAUGAUGAACCUGGGCCGUCUUCAGGGCUUUGAGGGCAAGCUGACUGCUCAAGGAAAGCUGCUGCAGCAGGAUACGUUCUAUGUAACUGAGCAGGAUUCUGGAGGGCUGUCUCGGCCAAAGGAGCGCAGGGUCUUCCUCUUUGAGCAAAUAGUCAUCUUUAGUGAACUUCUUAGGAAAGGCUCUUUAACACCAGGCUACAUGUUUAAGAGAAGUAUAAAGAUGAACUAUCUAAUCAUUGAAGAAAUAGUGGAUGAUGAUCCCUGUAAAUUUGCUCUUAUGAGCCGGGAAACUUCAGAACGAGUCAUUUUACAGGCUGCCAAUCCUGAAAUUCAGCAAGCUUGGAUACAGGACAUCAAUCAGGUUCUGGACACACAGAGAGACUUCCUAAAUGCACUACAGUCGCCCAUAGAGUAUCAACGCAAAGAGAGUACCUCUGCAGUAAUGAGGCCACAAGCUAGUAGGGUGUCUCAGCCCAACAGCAGACCUUAUUCUUCUGUUCCAGUAGGGUCUGAGAAGCCUUCAAAGGCUACAAGCCGUAACCCAUCUCUGCCACCCCUGAAGAUAUCUACCUCCAAUGGCAGUGCAGGGUAUGAACACCACCAGCCUGGGGACAAAUACGAACAAAGCAAGAGUGACUUGGGAGGGUGCAAUGGGACCUCUUCCAUGGUGGUAAUCAAAGAUUACUAUGCACUGAAGGAGAAUGAGAUCUGCGUGAAUCAGGGCGAGGUGGUUCAGAUCCUUGCCAUCAACCAGCAAAAUAUGUUCCUGGUGUACCAACCUGCGAACGACCACUCCCCGGCCGCUGAAGGAUGGAUUCCAGGCAAUAUCUUGGCUCCCCUCACUAAAUCCACUACAGAUAAUAGCGACGGAAGCAUCAAGAAGUCAUGUUCAUGGCAUACCCUGCGCAUGAGAAAGCGGGCGGAAAAGGAGAGCAGUGGCAAAAAUGAAUCCAAUGGGCCACGUAAAUCCAAGGAUAUUCUGGGCAACAAAGUCUCUGUUAAAGAGACCAACAGCUCCGAGGAAUCAGAGUGUGAUGACCUUGACCCCAAUACUAGCAUGGAGAUAAUGAACCCAAAUUUCAUCCAAGAAGUGGCUCCAGAGUUCCUUGUGCCAUUAGUGGAUAUCACCUGUUUGCUUGGUGACACAGUGAUGCUUCAGUGCAAAGUCUGUGGACGGCCAAAGCCCAACAUAACCUGGAAGGGACCGGAUCAAAAUAUUCUCGACAAUGAGAACAGCACAGCCACUUAUACCGUUUCAUCCUGUGAUUCUGGGGAAAUCGCCCUGAAGAUUUGUAACCUGAUGCCUCAGGACAGUGGUAUUUACACCUGUGUGGCAACAAAUGAACAUGGAACAGCCUCGACCUCAGCUACAGUCAAAGUGCAAGGUGUUCCAGCAGCCCCAAACCGUCCCAUUGCUCAGGAAAGAAGCUGCACUUCAGUGAUCCUUCGCUGGCUGCCCCCAUCCAGUACUGGCAAUUGCACCAUUUCAGGCUACACCGUAGAGUACAGAGAAGAAGGAUCCCAGGUCUGGCAGCAGUCAGUAGCCUCCACUUUGGAUACCUAUCUCGUCAUUGAAGAUCUCACUCCAGGCUGUCGAUAUCAGUUCAGAGUCAGCGCCAGCAAUCCCUGGGGAAUUAGUUUACCUAGUGAGCCCUCAGAAUUUGUGAUCCUCCCUGAGUAUGAUGCUGCCGCUGAUGGCGCCACUGUUUCAUGGAAAGAAAACUUUGACUUUGCUUAUAUGGAAUUCCAUGAGAUUGGGAGGGGUCGAUUCUCCACAGUAAAGAAAUGUAUUCACAAAGCCACCAGGAAGGACGUCGCUGUGAAAUUCAUUAGUAAAAAAAUGAAAAAGAAAGAGCAGGCGGCACACGAAGCAGCUUUGUUACAGCACUUGCAGCAUCCUCAGUACAUAACUAUCCACGAUACCUAUGAGUCGCCCACGUCUUAUAUCUUAGUUUUAGAGCUUAUGGAUGACGGCCGUCUCUUGGAUUAUCUUAUGAAUCAUGAUGAACUGAUGGAGGAAAAAGUAGCUUUCUACAUAAGAGACACAAUGGAAGCCUUACAAUAUCUUCACAAUUGCAGAGUGGCUCAUUUAGAUAUAAAGCCAGAAAAUCUGCUCAUUGACUUAAGGAUCCCAGUGCCUCGUGUCAAGCUUAUAGACUUGGAAGAUGCAGUUCAGAUCACGGGUCAUUACCAUGUUCAUCAGCUGCUUGGAAACCCUGAGUUUGCAGCUCCUGAAGUUAUCCAAGGUGCCCCUGUCUCACUGGGCACAGACAUCUGGAGUAUUGGGGUCCUCACCUAUGUCAUGUUAAGUGGCGUCUCUCCAUUCCUGGAUGAAAGCAAAGAGGAGACGUGUAUAAACGUGUGCAGAGUGGAUUUCAGCUUCCCUCAUGAGUAUUUCUGUGAUGUGAGUCAUGCAGCCAGAGACUUCAUCAACGUUAUCCUCCAGGAAGACUUCAGGAGGAGGCCAACAGCAGCCACUUGUUUACAGCAUCCUUGGCUGCAGCCUCACAAUGGCAGCUAUUCCAAAAUCCCACUGGAUACCUCCCGUCUGGCUUGCUUCAUUGAGCGCCGCAGACACCAGUAUGAUGUGCAUCCAGUUCCCAACGUCAAGAGCUUCAUAAUGAGCAGGAUGAACCCGGGAACGUGA